AUGUUUUUUAAUUAUCACAGGCUAAACUCGUGGAAGACAAUAUUUUUAACACAUAUAUUUUGUUUAUUAAUUAAGCACAGUCUAUCUUAUCGCAUAAAUAACAAAUAUAAUCAUGUAAAACCGCAUAUCCAUAAAUCUCACACAUUAACCAAAGAUUCACAGAGGAAUCACCUGGAAUCUUUAUUUUCCACAGACAAUGAAGGGUAUAGCAAUAGUGAAUUGGAGGAUAAGUAUCCUGAAGUUAGAGUUAGGUUUGCCCCUUCCCCAACCGGAAGCCUACACAUUGGCUCCCUCAGAACAUACAUUUACAACUAUUUGUUUGCAAAGAAGCAUUACGGAACGCUGAUAUUGAGAUUAGAUGACACAGAUAAGUCCAGAAAUGUACCAGGAAGCCUGGAAGAUAUCAUAUCAGUGUUAAGGUGGAUUGGAUUGGACUGGGACGAAGGUGUGUAUAAGUCUAAAGAGGAUCACUUUUACUAUCAAUCGAAUAGAAAUGAUAUAUACAAAAUAUUCGCCGAAAAAUUAGUGGAUAGUAACGACGCGUACUACUGUUUCUGCAAAGAAUCACUCAUAUCGAAAUUACUCAAAAAAUGGUUUAAUAUUAAGUUUGAGAAAACAGAUGACAAGUGUAUAUAUUUAAAUAAAAAGGAAGUGGAAAAUAAAUUGAAUAAGGGGAAUGAAUACGCAAUCAAAUUAAAAUCGUACAACGACGAAUUUGACGAUUUCGUAUUGAUUCGAUCAAACGGAUGUGCAACGUAUAAUUUCAGUUCAUGCGUAGAUGACUACCUAAUGAAGAUAACGCACAUCAUAAGGGGAUCAGAUCACGCACUUAAUGCAAAUAAGCAAAGGUUGAUAUUCAAGUUACUGAAGGUGAAGCAUCCGGAAUUUAUCAACGUGCCACUGAUAGUGGAUGAAAAUCAACUUAAAUUAAGUAAACGCAGCAACAAAAGCAUAACAGUUCACGAGAUCAUACUUGAUGGAAUAUGUCCACUGCCCUUAAUAAACUAUCUGACACUGCUGGGAACUGAGUAUUCACACCAUAAGACCAUAUAUGAAAUUGAUGAAUUGAUGGACAAGUUCACAUUUAACUUGACAAACAGCAGCUUCAACUACGAUAAAUUGUUGCACCUGAAUAAAAUGUACCUCCACAAUAUAUCAAAUAAGACGUUCCUGAAGGAAUUGAACAAAUAUUACGAAUAUAAUGAAAAACAUGAAAAUAACAAGAGUGAAUGGUUAAAAAAGGCAUGGAUAAGAGAAGAGUUUGUAGAUAUUUAUAAAACGAGAGUGAACACACUGAAGGAGUACUUCCUGAACGUUAAAUCGUCAUUGGACUACGACUAUGAGAAGAUUAAGAGCAACAUAGGAGAAUAUGACGAGGACUUGAAGAAGUGGAUCAAGGAAGAAUUGACGCUACUAAUGGAUAAUAGGAAAAACCUGAUCGACCUACACUUAAAAUUCGUACAACUGCUGAAAGAGAUGGGAGAGUCGGAAAAUAAAGUAAAGGUACUGCAACUGAUGAGGUUUCUGCUAACGGGAGAGUCAGUUGGACCAUCGCUGAUGGAUAUGGCAAAUACUUGGAAGGUUGCAAACGAACAUAACUUCUAUAACUUCGUCAAUUUGGAGACCAGAUUGGAAAAUAUAAUAAAGACUGUACAGGAAAAACAGGGGAACCUAAACGAAAUGGAAAAUAAAAAAGUUAAUGUGAUAUAA